CGCAUACAUACGCGCAUGCGCUUUACGUCGCAAAGCGAAAGUGUUUUCUGAAAACGUCGACUUGUUCAUUCAGUGAACACAAACAGGAGCACCGACAAUGAGCAACACCAAAGUAGCCCUGGUCACUGGUUCAAAUAAAGGCAUCGGGCUCGCUAUCGUGCGGGCAAUGUGUAAGCAAUACGCCGGGGACGUGUACUUGUCAGCCCGGGAUGUGGGACGAGGAAACGCGGCGGUGGAGGGUCUGAAGAAAGAGGGUCUCUCACCCCUUUUCCAUCAGCUGGAUAUUAAUGACCCAAACAGCAUUCGUACUGCACGAGACUUCUUCAAAGAGAAGUACGGGGGCUUGGACGUGCUCGUCAACAACGCUGGAAUUGCCUUCAAAAAUGCAGAUACAACAGCAUUUGGAAUUCAGGCGGAUGUGACAUUAAAGACCAAUUUCUUUGCCACCAGAGAUAUGUGCAAUGUCUUCUUGCCCAUUAUCAAACCUGGAGGUAGGCUGGUGAAUGUCUCCAGCAUGAUGAGCUCUAUGGCUUUGGGCAAGUGUAGUCCAGAACUCCAGGCCCGUUUCCGUAGCGACGACAUCACCGAGGAGGAACUGGUCGGGUUGAUGGAGCGAUUCGUUAGUGAUGCCCAGGCAGGUCUCCACUCUGAACGAGGCUGGCCCAGUUCUGCGUAUGGGAUCUCCAAAACCGGCCUCACCACCCUGACUAGGAUCCUGGGCCGAAAUCUGACCAAAGAGAGGCCUGGAGAUGAGAUCCUGUGCAAUGCAUGCUGUCCUGGAUGGGUCAGAACUGACAUGGCUGGGCCAAAUGCAACAAAGUCACCAGAUGAGGGUGCUGUCACUCCAGUGUACUUAGCACUGCUGCCCGCGGGGGCAAAAGAGCCCCAUGGACAGUUUGUGUCGGAGUUGAAAGUUCAGCCGUGGUGAGAGG